AAGGCUGUUCAUGAAGGUUUUAAUCACACUAACAACUUUACGUACAAAGUGUUGAUGUGGAGCUUCAACUUUUCUUUGAAAGACAUUUUAAAAACUGAUUCAUGACCAAAGAGCUGGACUAGGUUAUAUUAUAGUCGUGUUUCUUACAUUUUUCUGUUGUUUUUGUUUAGAUAAAACGCGAAACAGUAUUUCCACAAGCUUUAUUUGUUCUAUAGUGAUACAUUGAGUUGAUUUAUAGGUGCCUGUGUCAUUUCUGUCUUGUAUUUUGGAGUUUCUGGCCUCUUUAUUUGGUUGGCAAGAUGAUAAAUCAACUUCAGACUUGCUGAGUUUGUGUUGAGGAAAAGGGGACCAUGCAUGUGGAGGAAGUACAAGUCAAGAAGACAUAAAGAGAACGUGGACCCGUCAGAGUUUUCACAGGUUAAUGACUGUUGUAAAAACACAUUGUGAAACUGUGGCUGCUGAAAGAAGAUGAAGGCUGCUGCUGACUUGAUUGUUUACGAGAAUGCUGCAACACAGUUUUGACUGUCCAUCAGUGCGAGGAAAAUGUUUCUGCCGUCUCGUCUCUUUUCAUCCUCUGCUUUGGAAACGAAUGUUAAGCCAAAAGUCUGUGCAGAGGUAAGAGAGGAUCGCCUCAUGGCUUUACGCAGCAGCUGAUUGGUGGAGAGUCAGAGUCGAGCCUCCGAGACUGCUUGUGCGCGCGUGCGCGUGUGAGGUGGGGGCUGUGACGUGGUUCCCCGGCUUGUUUGGCCUCUUCCGAUUGAACCCACUCACAGAGACGAGCGUCUCCAGCGUCAGAUCUGGUUCACUCGGCACUUUGAUCUCAGCACAAGGCGGGAGGUUUAUUUUGGGCAUGUCGGGUCAGGCCAGAACAAAAACACGCUCCCGUUCCUCCACCCACAAAAAAAAAAAACACUUCUGCCAAGUUUGGCCUCACAUGAAGGUGCGUACGUCAGUGUGUUGUUCCGGGAAUGGUGGGCGUGCCGGAGCAUCUAUGUAUGAAAGCCAUGUGCGAGAGCUCCGAGGCGCACAGGGAGCAGCUUUACGCACGCGAGCACUUGACAUUUUCGAUAACAAACCGUCUGCUAAAAGAAGAACAUGUUGGUGCUUUGCACGUUUGCUCCCUGGCUGCUGUUGGCCUUCCUCGGGCAGCAGGUCUCUCUGUCCUCCGCUGUGCGCAACAAGAAGUGGGGCGCGGGCGAGAGAGGGAGCUCGUCCGCGCCGAGCGGCCGGGGGAAGUUCCCCAUCGUUGCGGACAAGAUGCAGUGCACCUGGGCGGCGAAGGACGUCGGGGACGCGGUGAGGCUGACGGUCAAGUGCGAGAACCCGGAGGCGCGCGUCACAGGUGGAGUCACCGACCUGGAGUGUCAGUACAACGGCAAGCCUCAGCUCUGCCCGGCCUACGGGUCCAACCGGCAGCGCUUCUGGAAGCAGGUGACCCGCGCCUUCAAGCGGCAUCAAGGCAAAGUGUGCAAGGACGAGCGGGCGCUGGUGAAGGCCAGCGUGUGUAAGAGCGCGCCCCGGGAUGCGCACUUCAAGCUGGACGUCCGCAGCUCCGUCGCUUCUGCUCAGUCCAGAGGAAACCCGGAGCCCCCCCCGACCCUGCCCCCGUCCCCCCGCUCCACCUCCAGAGCCGCGGGUCCGGCCGGUCCGACAGCCUGCCCGGGGCGCGUAGACUCCAAGAGGAAGGCCGAGGAGCACUGCAGCCGCUCGUGGGCCAGUCUGUGCACUUUCUUCUUCUCCAUGCUGCAGAGCGACGAGUGUUAGCCGUCACACCACCAGCAGGACAUGAUCAGGCCGAACACAGGAGUCUAUAUCAGGCCUGUUUCAUGGGGCGUCUGUCAACAAAUGUAACAAUCUUUUACUCAGCAGCAGUCAGAUGUUCUCUCUCCACAGCCAGCUGACAGAUGUUUAUCACCACACACACACACACACACACACACACACACACACACACACACACACACACACACACACACACACACACACUGGUAUGUUUCACAUCACUCAUGCAGAUGUGGACUCUAACAUCAGGUAUUUAUCAGGUGUUUUGAAUGUGACUCAGACAUCAGAACAACUUUAUUUCCAUUUACAUGUAGAGUAGCUGCUCUUCAGUUCAGUUUUGAGGCACUUGCUGUGUUUUUUUUAAUUUUUUUUUUUUACUAGGGUUAUUCCAUGCUCUUCCUAUACUUGGGGAUCCUCUUUCAGAUGUAAACGUUCAUCCGAAACGUGAGAUGAGAUUGUGGAACAUGGUUUGCUGUUACAGAUUAAAUGCACAACAGCACAUACAGUAGAGGACAUCGGCUCCAGCUCGACCAACUACAGCACUGAAACGCUGCUCACACACAUCAGGUCCUGAACAACCUCCUGCACUUCUGUUACCAACUGAACUCUUGUUGGUACUUUUAAAUGAACAAACGAGAAAAAGUGACAAAACAUGACACAAACGUGGAAAACUGCCGCAUUGAAAAGACAGUGUUUAAAAUGUUUGGUUUGUGUGAACUUGAGUAAUAUUUUUUGAUUGUAUUAGAGUACUUUUUUUUUUUUCCAGUGUGGGAUUGUUUUACUUCAUCACACAGAACUGAGGGUUGAUUAUAGAGCGGCACUGUCUCCUACCUGCAGUCAAUCAACCCGUGUAAACACCACUGUACUGUAUUUAUGCACCACAAAUAAAUAUUUGUUUUAUAUUUA